CUGAAGUCUACCAAAUUCCAAGAAAAGGUGGGUGUGAAAUAGGAGAAAAUAGCGAGAUCGUGGAAGAAGAAGAAGAACGAGAGAGAUGGGGUCCGAGGCUGACAGCACUAACUCCAAGAAUCCUCCUCCAGCUGCUUCUCUCACCUUGCUUCUUUCCACCAAAUGCUUCCCUAUCAAGCCUUCCCCUCCCCCGCCGGCAUCGUCGGAUUCUCCGGAAAACAAGGGCUCCGACGAAAUGAACGGGCAUGGGGCAGCUUCGCCAUGCCUCAGCGCAAAGGCAACCGCCGCCGCCGCCAUCCGAAAGAAGCCCGGUGGAUGGAAAGCCAUGCCUUACAUCUUAGGAAAUGAAACGUUCGAGAGGUUGGCAACGUUUGGACUGCUAGCGAACUUCAUGGUGUACCUAGUCAGGGUGUAUCGCAUGGACCAGGUGAUGGCCUCCAACGUCAUCAACAUCUGGUCCGGCCUCACCAACUUCGCCCCCUUGGUUGGGGCCUUCAUCUCCGACUCCUACGCCGGCCGGUUCCGCACCAUCGCCUUCGCAUCCUUCGCCUCUUUUCUGGGCAUGCUGACGAUGACCCUGACGGCUUGGCUGCGGCACCUCCACCCUCCGCCGUGCACCGCCCUGCCACAGGCGAUGAACUCCUCCCACCCGCUGUGUGCCGGCCCCACAGGAGGCCAGCUUGGGAUCCUCUUCCUGGGCCUCGGCCUCCUGUCCGUUGGCACCGGCGGGAUCCGGCCGUGCAGCAUCCCCUUCGGAGUUGACCAGUUCGAUCCUGCCACCGAGGAAGGAGCGAGAGGGAUCACCAGCUUCUACAACUGGUACUACAUGUCGUUCACGGUCGUGUUGCUGAUAACUCAGACGGUGGUCGUCUACGUCCAGGACUCGGUGAGUUGGGUCAUAGGUUUCGGGAUACCCACGAUCCUCAUGCUCUGCUCCAUCGUGCUCUUCUUCUUCGGGACCAGGAUCUACGUGCACGUGAAGCCUGAGGGGAGCGUGUUCACCGGGAUCGUCCAGGUGUUCGUGGCGGCUCACAAGAAGCGGCGGCUGAGGACCCCGGACAUCAACGACAGCAGGUCGGAGGUGGCGAAGGCAGCGUACUAUGACCCGCCGGUGAAGGACACGGCAUUACUGACGAAGCUUCCCCUCACGGAUGAGUUCAGGUGCUUAAACAAGGCUGCUAUGAUCCUCGAAAACGACCUGACCGCCGAAGGCACUCCGACGAGCCUCUGGACCUUGUGCAGCGUCCAACGAGUGGAGGAGGUCAAGUGCAUCAUGAGGAUCGGGCCGAUUUGGGCUUCCGGCAUUGUCUCUUUCACGGCCAUGACCCAACAAGGCACGUUCACCAUCUCUCAGGCCUUGAUGAUGGACCGCCACCUCGGCCCGAGGUUCCAGAUCCCGUCUGGCUCGCUGGUCGUGAUAUCGUUCCUCACGAUCGGGCUGUGGCUCCCCUUCUAUGACCGCGUCCUCGUGCCCGCCCUGCGGAAGGUCACCGGGCAUGAGGGCGGGAUCACGCUCCUCCAGAGGAUGGGGAUCGGGAUCGUCUUCUCGAUCCUGUCCAUGGUGGCCGCGGGCCUGGUCGAACGGGACCGGAGGGCCUCCGCUAAUUCGCACCCUGGCCUCGCACCGAUCUCGGUCUUCUGGCUGGCGCCGCAACUUAUCCUCAUGGGCUUCUGCGAGGCCUUCAACGCAAUCGGGCAGAUCGAGUUCUUCAAUCGGCAAUUCCCGGACAACAUGAGGAGCGUCGCGAAUUCCUUGUUCUUCUGCUCCUUCGCCGGCGCGAGCUACCUCAGCAGCCUGGUGGUCACGGUGGUGCACCGCGUGACCGGGAAAGACGGUCGGCCCAAUUGGCUCGCGAGCAACCUCAACGCCGGGAGAUUGGACUACUUCUACUAUCUUCUAGCGGGGAUGGGGAUCGUGAAUUUUGUGUACUUCUUGGUCGUCGCUCGUCGAUACCAGUACAAGAGCACUCUGCAGCAUAAUAAACCCCAUUUUGAUGUUGAGCUAAGUAGCGGGACGAAUGUAUAGAAUUAUGUAGUUCUAGUACAUAGAAAAAGUCGAAUAAACAGAACGUCGCAGAG